AUAAUCUGUGGUUUUAAAUUUUUUGUCGCAAAAUGUCAAAAUACUGUGAUGGACUUGAUUGAUUGUUUGUUUGUGGAAAACUCGUUAGAAAGUAUUAAUAUGUCACUAUUAUUAGGGCUUUAAAUAUAUUUUAAACAAAUACAUUAUCAUAUAAAAGAGUCCAAGUCUUUACCGAGUCACUGUGGCAGUAUCCACAUUUUAUAGUUGUUAGCCUUGAAGUAGAUGUCAUUUAAAUGAGUGUUGUUUAUUUAACAUUUUAGUGAUAUUAGUCGUAAUUUCAUGAUUAUAUGGCUCUGACGUUUGACUUAUGUUUUGCGACAAACUGGAAGAGGCAUGUUUCACCCACGCAUUCGGGAGAAAGGCGCAAGUUUAGUAGUAGUCAGCUGGACUUGCCUGGCUGUGCUGUGCGCCGCGUCCACGGCCCCCUGCGACAAGACCCGCAGGGUGUUCACGGACCCGAGUGGCAUCAUUACCGACGGGCCUAGUAGUUCCAACUACACACAAGACUCACACUGUGAAUGGCUAAUUAAAGCAGCUAAUACAAGUCAAUACAUAACCUUAAGUUUCCUUCGUAUGGGCACAGAAUGUUCAUACGACUAUGUUUUUGUGUAUGACGGUGAUUCUUUUCAUGCACCACUGUUAGGAAGCUUUAGUGGCAAAACAGAGCCACAGAAUGUCACAGCGUCUAGUGGAUAUAUGCUCAUAUUACUAUACAGUGACACAAACUAUGUAUUAGAUGGGUUCAGAGCAACAUAUGCUAUUCAUAAUUGCCCCAACAACUGCACAGGGCGAGGACUGUGUAUGUCUAACAAAUGUUUCUGCGGAGGCACUUGGGGAGGACCCGAUUGUAGUGUGAAACUCUGCCCCAGUGGAUGUUCAGGGAAUGGGCAAUGUGUGGGUGACAGGUGUAUUUGUAAAAAGGGAUACUCAGGGGAGGCAUGCUCCUUAAAAAAUAAUGACAAAGAAGGCAAUAGCUGGCACUGGCUCUCUCACACAGAAAGUGGCAUGACAAAGCGAGCUGCCCACACCGCAAUAUAUGUUAACCAAACAGACUCUUUAUAUGUAUUCGGAGGAUAUGAUCUGAACAGGGUUUUAGGUUUAUUGGAGAUUUACAAUUUUUCAACUAGUCAAUGGUAUGACGAAAACGGAAAAGUGUUACGUCGUUAUCCUACCAAUGAAGAGAAUGAUAAGUCUCUAUUGACACUAUUCACUAAGGGCAACACCGAUGGCAACUGGCCAAUAGGCAAUCGGAGUUCACUCUUCAAUUUACUUUUAACAUCGUUCACACACCAUGACAGAACCGCAUUACCUCUCAUGUAUUCCCACCCCUCCACACCAUACUCUGAAAGCUAUUUACAAUUUACUGAUAGACCAGAAUUUCUUAGUACGAAUCUCAAGUCCAAUAACACUCAACCUGAACCGCGAUAUGGACAUUCGGCGUGUGCCUUUAACAAUGGUUUCAUAUUGUACGGUGGAAAGCUGUCAGACGGAAGCUUAUCUUCAGAAUUGUGGUAUUAUGACGCGGUAGCUAAAAUAUGGACGCUAAGAGCAGCUAAUUCCAGCUUUAACCCACCUGGGCUAACUCGCCAUACAUUGACGGCAGUCAAAGAUGAAUUGUAUUUGUUUGGUGGCAGCACUGUAGACGGAGAGUUUUCUUCAAGCCUUUACAGAAUAAAAUUGAGAGAGCCGGAUACAGAAAUUUGGGAGAAAGUCCAAGUACGAGGCGGCAAAGAGUUAGAUGUGCGAGUGGUUGCACACACUGCAGUGUAUCACGACCAUUCCAACUCUAUUUUAGUGUACGGUGGUGUCGUUGCUAGUGUAGCGAGGUUUUCGAAGUUAUCGGAUCGUAUGUUUGCGUUCGACCUAGACUACAAGCACUGGAGUGAAAUCCACUAUCCUCGGGCUCACUUGCGUGACACUUACGUUCCGCGCGAGCGAGCCUUUCACACUGCGACGAUCAUCGGAAACUAUUUAGUUGUGUUUGGUGGAUAUUCGCACAGACAUAACCGGGAAGAAAUAUGCUACGACGGCCAAAUGUAUCUGUACCAUCUAGGAUGUCACUCCUGGAUACCGUUGGACGUGUUGGGGAAAACUCGCAAGUUUUAUCCAAAGAAGCAGGGAGUGUUUGCGCACGCCGCGUCCUUGAGACCGCCAUCCACAUUACUCAUUGCUGGAGGAUACCACGGAAAUGUUAAUGGCGAUUUAUUAGCGUAUGUAGUUCCGAGUUGGCACGCUGGAAUCACUGACAAGGACCCCGAGACUGCUUGCCCGCGACAUCGCACGCAGCCGGAGUGUCUCGCUGACCCAGAGUGCGGAUGGUGUUCGGCUGAUGACGUAUGCUACGGAAGAACGGGGUCAAAUUGUACUACAAAUUUACAAUCAAUCAGAUGUGGUGGAAUUUGCCCAGCUCUUGGUGACUGUCACUCGUGUCUUAUCCACGGCCCUCCGCUUGGUAACAAUAGUUCCCGCACACCGCUAACUUCGGUCAGCACGAAAUUGGGCUUAUACCAGUGCAAUUGGUGCGUUCAAAAUGCUCGAUGCCACCUUAAGGAUGACAGUUACGGUGUAUGUGGUGAAGAUACACCGUCUGAGAAUCCCGGUUGGUGGGGCACAACUGGCACAGAAGUGACAAUCCCAGAUGAAUGUAAAAUUUUGGAUAAACGCCCUGGACUAACGUUCCUGAGAUACCAACAACCAGCAGAUUGGAACCACCCAGACGGCGUUUCGGUCGUUAACGCAACGACCGUAGACUGGGGCACCGGUGGGGGGAGUAACCACAUAUUCAGUGGCGCGAGUGAAGCUAGGCUCAGGGGCUGGUUGCACAUACCUCAAUAUUGGAACGGCUCAGGAGAAACGUUACACAUGUGUGCGGGGUACUCCAAUUUGUCGUUGAGCCUGGGGACCGGCACUGAACCGAUCUCCAAUCUAACGGCUCAGCCGUCUUCCUGUAUGCUGAUAGACUGGCCUGCCCUGCUCCCCGGUCGGCUCGCGAUCGACAUGCACGCUAACGAUUCCUUGCACACGGGGCUGUAUCCCUCUCAUCAUCACGCCAAAAUGGAACUUCUGCACAACAAAUCGCAAGAAAGCGCUAAGGUAUUCACAUUUGAGUUUUUAGAACCGUAUUCGGACGGUCAAUGUUCAAACUACGAUAACUGUCUGUUGUGUCUGUCGGACGCGGCGUGCGGGUGGUGCGAAGUGACAAAUCGCUGCGAACAGAGAAACGUAGACGAAAAAAUGACGUGCGCAACCGACGGCGAAUGGAGAUAUCUCACUUUGCAGCCGGCCGCUUGUCCGAACUGUUCCAACUACAUCAGCUGUGAGCGCUGCGUGUCCGGAAACUACUGCGAGUGGUGGGCGGACGAGGCGCGCUGCGCUCGGCGCGGAAGGGCCAGCGGGGCCACAGUCGACGCGGCCGCGUGCCCGCAGCCUUGUAGCAUGCGUCACGAUUGCGAAAGUUGUCUCGACGAGCGCGGCCGGUGCGUCUGGUGCGAAGCGACUGGGCAGUGCUUCAGUUUCAGUGUCUACACGAGCGAGUACCAGUUCGGCUUGUGCCGCGAAUGGCUCGAUCGCGCUUCCACACCAGCCGAGGAAGCUAACAGAAAAUCUAGUCAAUGUAAAUCUUGCAAGGCGCACACGCAGUGCUCGUCGUGUCUGCGGAGCAUGGGCUGCGGUUGGUGCCAUUCUCACGAAAACCCGAUCAACGGUUUGUGCACGAAGGGCGAUUUCACGCGGUCUCAGGCAGACUGUGCUACUCUUUUGAACGUCAGCUCGACGGACGCGGGGUGGGCGUACGCGCAGUGUCCCGAUGUCGACGAGUGCGGCCUUCGCCUCCACGACUGUCACGAGAACGCCGUGUGCAACAACACGCACGGCUCUUACACGUGCAAGUGUAAACAGGGUUACAUAGGAGAUGGGAAGAAGAGCUGUGUGCGGACUUGUUACAACAUUUGUGUACACGGAUACUGCUUAGGCGCCCCACAGUACAAAUGCCACUGUGAUCUCGGUUGGACCGGAGCUGAUUGUUCGAUUAACUGUGGCUGUCAUAAUCACUCGACGUGUAGAACGGGCGUCGGUAGGUGUGACGAGUGUCAGGAUUGGACGGAAGGUGAGUUCUGCGAGUCCUGUAAGCCCGGAAGCCAUGGAAACGCGACUACGGGCCAAGGUUGUCGGCGCUGCGAUUGUAACGACCACGGAGAUGAAACGCAAGGCGUAUGUGAUGUCUCAACCGGUGAAUGUAUUUGCAAAGAUAACACAGAGGGGCAGAAUUGCGAACGCUGUAAACCCAAAUUUUAUGGAGAUCCUCGACACGGAGGCAGAUGUUACUAUCAAUGCGAACCCAGAGGAAUGUUAAAUGCGUCACAGACUGAAGGUAUAGGUUCCUAUAAGACCGAUCCUGACAUAAAAAGCAUUGGGCCUAUAAAGGAGUGUUUGUGGAUUAUAUCGUCAGAAAAUAUCAAAGAUGCAAUUAUACAGUUUACUGUGAACUCUUCUACCUUUAACGUGCCCUGCGAUGAAAAUGCUGUUUACGUGUAUGAUGGGUUGGGCGGUGUGCCCGAUUUAACAAAUAACCAACAGAGUCAACUUUUGGGUGUCUUUUGUAACGGUGCUAACUCAGGAGUUGUGGAAGCUCGAAGUGGCAAUUUGACUGUUCAUUACAAACAAAGUCAGCCGGAGCAAGGAUUUGAAGGCGUAUACAAUGUUCUUGCCUGUGAUGGAUUUUGUUCUUCGCCAAGAGUGUGCAAUAAUAGGCAUUGCGUAUGCAAAGAGGGUUAUGGAGGGUUCGAUUGCUCUGUUGAAAUUUGCCGUAACAAUUGCAGUAUACAUCUCAAAGGUGGAGUUUGUGACACGAGCUACGGAAGAUGUCUCUGUAACGACGGCUUCGGUGGCGAUGACUGCUCACUAAAACUUGACAAAUCGCAACUCGUUUUCACAGAGCUAUUUAACUCCGAUUUUCUUUCUGAUGAUCUCGACCAUCUGAGAAAAACUCUACCGAGGUUUGGACAUAGCUUGGUUGCCGACAGACGAGGUUUAUGGAUGUUCGGCGGAUACUCGCUCUCGCAUGGUCCAUUAAAUGACAUAAGAUAUUAUGAUACAAAAAACAAUACUUGGAUGCUAGUUACGCUCGACGCUACGCCAGAUCCAAAAAUGCCAGACGGACGAUACUUCCAUGCUGCGGAGAUUUACCAUUCUAAACAAAAUAUCUACAUAUACGGCGGCUUAAGUUUGCAAGAUAAAAGUGGCCAAAAUAAAACAUUAACUGAUUUUUGGCAGUUUAGUUUGAAAGAAAAACGUUGGAGUCUCAUUAAAAACAAGGAAGAGUAUCCACCUCCGCUUGCUGGACACACAUUGACAUUUCAAAAAUAUCAAGACUAUGAGAGUUUAGUCCUAAUAGGAGGGUUUUCGCUGGAGGAAGGCUUCAUGACAGAUGUGUGGGAGUUUGACUUGGACAAUGACAAAUGGAUAAAGUUGACGUGCGCCGGUGCAAAGCCAGUCGGUAUAAUUGGUCACAGCACAGUAUAUCAUGCUCCUUCACAGAGUCUCUACGUAUUUGGUGGAAUAUUGUACAUUUACAAUGGAACUAUAAUAUCUAACAAAUUGUUUUCAUUCCACUAUCCCACUAAAACUUGGAGCGAGCUGCCAACUUUCCCGAGUCUGAACAACGCUCACGAUAACUUACCUCGGCCUACGUAUCUCCAUUCGGCGGUCACGACAAAUGAUUACAUGAUAGUAUUCGGAGGGCGAACAGUUGAUAACGAUAAACGUUCCAACUCUCUCAUCGCGUACAUUUACAACUGCAAUCAAUGGGUGAAGCUUUCCAAAGGUUCAAGUGUACUAGAUCACCCUCCACCUCGGACUAUAGCUCACGCUAUGACGAUAGAUAUGGAAUCUGAAAACGAUUGGAACAUAUACAUAGUGGGUGGUUGGACGGGCAGUGCGAAUUGUCAGGUGACACGCAUCACUUUGCCGGACGAUUUGUGCUCGCUCUGGAGUGCGACUAAAUUCGAAUGUAGGAGCCACAUGGGCUGCAGUUUCUGUAGUACUGGGGAGUAUACCAAGUGUUAUUCUGUGGAUAACCCGGGGUGCGAGAGGAGUGACAGGAUAUCGACCAACGCGGGUGCAGCUUGUGACGCUGACUUGAUAGCGCGGCGCCCGUGCGACAACUUUACGUCGUGCACUUCGUGCUUAGCGGCGUGGCCGUUGUAUCCGGAGGAGAAACCCGUUUGCCGAUGGUGCGAAACUUGUGCUGCUGGCGUUGGUGAAUGCGUGCCGACAGAUGAGUCUUGCACCAGCAUGAAGUGCAACGCCGGCACCACGUACCUGACCGACUCGACCCAGUGCCCAGAGCUGCGGUGUGUAGCGCCCGAUUGCGACAAAUGUGUUUCUAAUCAGUGCUCCUGGACACGACUCGCCAACAGAGGAGCCCAAAUAACAAGAAUAACGGAUGAUCCAGCAGAGCUGUACAAUUGGACAUGCGCCACCACGGACGAACCCGGCCGCUCAAGUCUACGCGCUCUCUCCAUUAAAUUGGGCCACUCGUAUUUCGGUGUCAAUAAAGACGAAUGUCCGAGCAGUUGUCACCUAUACGACGACUGUCAAUCUUGCUUAAGCUCGGAGGGCGCUGAGGGAGGCUUUUCAGAGUGUCACUGGGCGAGUUACCUCGGCACGUGCAUAUCUCCCGCCUACCAACCAGUGUACUGUGCAGGCGGAGUCUGUGGAUUAGUUCUCACUAAAGCAGAUAAGAACAAGUGUCCAGCCCCUUGUGGCACUUUCGAACAGUGUACCGAGUGUUUGCAUCAUUCUCACUGUGGAUGGUGCGCUGUAGAGGGUGAGAAUGGCGAAGGCGUGUGUACUGAAGGCUCUAUAGAUUCCCCGCUGGAGUACUCGACGCGUACCACGUGUGCGGCUGUGUAUAUGAACAUGCAUCAAAGCAACAACACUAAUGACACAUUCUCGUGGCACUACACGCGUUGUCCGCCGGAGAACGAGUGCGAGAAUAACCACCAUCAAUGUAAAGCUGAAUCUGAGGUGUGCCGCGACCUGCCCGAGGGCUACGAGUGCGCGUGCGGCGCGGGCCACAAGCGCGUGGGCGGCGCGUGCGCGGCCGUGUGCUCGCAGGGCUGCGUGCGCGGCGCGUGCGUGCAGCCCGACCGCUGCCGCUGCGACUUCGGCUACGUGGGCGCCAACUGCACCAUCCAGUGUCAGUGCAACGGCCACUCGCACUGCGAGGGGCCCGACAAGCUGGACGUGUGCACCGAGUGCCACAACAACACUAUGGGUAGUCAAUGUGAGAAAUGUAAGCCUAAUUUCGUGGGCGACCCCACUGACAACGGACAAUGCAUACCCUGCUCGGUGUACUGCCACGGCCACACGUCCGUGUGCACGAACGAGGCGGACGCGGCGCUCAUAGCGCGCGACAUUAGCAACGCGGACCUGGAGGAGUACUACCGGGAGGGCGGGGCCAAGGCGCGGUGCGUGCGCUGUGCGAACUUCACGGACGGGCCGCGCUGCGAGCGGUGCAUUGAGGGAUACUUCAGAGGAUCGGAGGACUUCCGGGAUCCAUGUCGACCUUGCGAGUGUCACGGCCACGGCGACACGUGCGACCCGGUGACGGGCGAGAAGUGCAACUGCGGCAACAACACGGAGAGCGACGCGUCGUGCCAGACGGCGUCCUCCAGCAAGAACUCGGCGCAGGAGUGCUGGCGGCACCAGUGCGUCAAGUGCCGCGACCUGUACAUGGGCGACCCGCGCAACGGGCACCAGUGCUACAAGACCAUCAACAUCGAGAACAAACUCUGCUUCGACGGCAAGUCUAUAGAUGAGUGCAAAAUCAAACCUCGCCCUUUGUACCCGGGCCAGACAGUAUUCGUCGCAGUCAAUCCGAGAUACAUGAACGUGGACAUAAGAGUUAUUGUGGAUGUGACACAGGGCGCGGUGGAUCUCUACAUGAGUCCCAACGACAGCUCGUACGUGGUCUCUGUGAACUCCAGCACAGGAUCCCACGCUGUAGCGAUAGACCCGACUCAUUACAAACAUGACCCUUACCGAAAAAUGCCCUCAUUCGAAGACCACGGGACGGAUGAGCCAGGAAAAGUUCUAUGGUACUACGAUAAGACGGGGUACGCUCUCGCAGAUUACACAGCCAAAGACUUGGCCACUUACGUGACGGUCGACAAGAGGAAUGUGUUGUUGAGAGUGAAGAAUCUCCGCAAUCGUCUGGUUUUAACGUUACCGCAGAACGUACACGACCUGACUCACACGAAGUUCUUUAUAAUAAUUCGUGCGCGGCACACCGAAGACGGCUCCGCUGGUUUCGGCGUGACGUUCUUCAGACAGGAUCAGCUGCACAUAGAUCUGUUUGUGUUCUUCUCCGUGUUCUUUUCGUGCUUCUUCCUGUUCCUGGCGGCGUGCGUCGUUGCGUGGAAGGCGAAGCAAGCGGCGGAUGUGCGGAGGGCAAGAAGAAGACACGUCGUUGAGAUGCUGCACAUGGCGAAGCGGCCGUUCGCCUGCGUGCGCGUGGUGCUGAACCCGGGCGCGUGGGUGCGGCGCCGGCGCGCCGAGCUGCGCCCCGUCGCCAUCGAGCCCACGGCCGACACGCGCGCCGCUGUCACCACGCUACUCGUCAGGUUACCGGGCGGCUCCCGCGCGCCCGUCCGCAUGGCGCUCGCGUCGGCGCUGGUGCUGGUGACGCGCGCGCAGGCGCAGAGGCCGCGCGCGCGCCGCGUCGUCACCUAGCAGCGCCGCCCGCCAUACUACGGCAUACGCUACGUGCCCGCCAUGCCGCUCGAGGUACGACUCAACCAAAACUUCUUGCAACUCCAGUGAACAUAGUGUUCGAUAUUGACAACCUAUUCUAAAAGUGUAAAUAAUAAUUAAUUAUUCAAUAGAAAAUACAGCUUUUUCGGUCUUGAAAAUCAAUAUGUACAUAAAAAACGGUAAUUCAGAACUGUUACUGUUUAAAAAUGCGCACUUUGGAGACUUUGAAAGGAAUGUAAAACUGUCGCGGAAUCUCAGCACUUAUUGAAGUAAAACUUCUUUACGCUUGACUUGGGGAGUGAGUUGGUAAAUGCGUUACGAAAAGUGUAAUCAGGUGAGGCUUUUAAGAUGGAAGCUGCUAUCUAGUGGCAUGGUGAAACAGUUGUUAUUUUAAACUACCAGUAGAUGACGUUCCUAGAAACCUUUAAAACAAUCCCUUUUUGUUCAAUUCAAGAACCUGUUGCCCUAGACUAAUAGAUGGCGCUUUGUUUUUUUUGUUUUGAAAGAAGUUUUACUUCAGUUGUGUGGUCUUCACCCCCUUUUUUAUUUCACUCAAUGUUAAUAAAUAAGGCAGCUCUAUCCCAUAGUUUGUAAUAAAUCUAUAUGUUUUUACAUGAAAAUGAACGUAAAGUACCAGAGAAACGUACAAACGCAGCUAUAUAUCGUGAAAACACUAGUCUAAAUUUGUUCGUACAUAUUCUAAGAACUGCUGUUGAAUAAUAACUUUAACAUAUGGCAGUCUUAUUGAAAAGUAUUAUCUUUAACGUAACCAUCCAUGUUAUACUGUUUAUUUUAAAUUUUAGUUAUUUUGCCAAGAUCUGAUCUAAGUAUAUUGUAUUUCACUCAACUGGAAGGUGAAGGUUUAUUUAUAAAAAAAAGAUAAUAUUUAAUAAAUAAUUAUAUAGUAGAUAUCAAAAUUUAUAUACAUUUAGUUAAACGGAGUUGGAUUUACAUAAUGCACAUUAGUAUGGUUUUAUUUAGUGUUAAGUUUGAUAAAUAAGUUAAAAAGCACAACUUGUAAGGUGAAAAAAAACAUAUUUGAAAAUGAAAAUGAAUUUGAAAAUGAAUGAAUUUUUUGUAAUUUGGUUGGUGUUGCAUUGCCAUUUUAUGAAUUUGAUUAUGUUAAAUUCUAAUUUUGAACUUAUGAAUAUUUAAAAAAUAGCCUGUUCAGAAAAAUAAUGGAAAAACCGUGUUAUGUUGCAAAAAAGGAACUAAUUCCCUCCAUUUUUUUAAUGGCCUUACGUCUCUGAGUCCCCCUUUAGCCCUUUUGAGCCUAUAAUACCUUUUAUUAGCAUAUUAGCAUAGGCUGCUAAAAAUACAAAUCCAGGGUUUUAUAUUUCUGGUCAGGCUGUCUAUACUCGUACAUACCAUAGCAGUGACUUUUAACCAUAGACACUAUUUAAAAUAGUCUUAUCUUAUAUUCGUAUAUCUAUGCCAUAUCGAUUCGAAGAGAGCCAAAGGAAUCAAAAUUAGCGUGAAUUGACCACGGGUUGUGAAUAGCCAAUAGUCAUUGAAGCUGUUGUGUUAUUUAUUUCCAAAUUUUAUUAUGUGAUGUUGUAAAGCAGAGUUAUGUUAUGGCUUGUUAUUUAUAAGACGAAGGCCACACCAACACGUCGAAACUUAUCAUGGUGACGUUUAUUCUUCCGUCCGCGGUUCGACCAUUUAGUAUCAAUAGUUUAACGAAAAUAUCUUAAAAACACGAGUAUUUCUGAUUAUAUAUGAAUCAAUAUCAGGUUAAAAUAUACUAAUUUAAGGAACUGCUGUUUUAAUUUUAUAAUUACUUCAUGUGUAAUUUCAAAAACUUGUUGCGGGAUUGCGCAUACUAGGUAUAAAGCAGUGAUAUGGAGGAGGGGGCGCAGUUAAAAAAUCAUGAAAUUCGUGUGACGUAAUUUAUAGAUAAUGAAACAUAGGCCUGCCUCUCUACCUCCCCUUUGUCAUGCUUAUUCAUCAUCAAUAUUAUCAGCCGAUGGACGUCCACUGCUGGCCUCUUGGACUUCCGAGCACAACGGUCUCGAGCCGCCAGCAUCCAGCAGCUUCCUGCAAACCGCUUGAUGUCAUUGGUCCAACUAGUGGGGGGGUCGACCAACAUUGCGCUUUCCGGUGCGGGGUCGCUAUUCCAGCACCUUUUGAUACCAACGUCCAUCGGCUCUUCGAACUAUAUGGCCUGCCCAUUGCCACUUCAGCUUGGCGACUCCUUGAGCUAUAUCAGUGACUUUGGUUUGUCUGCGGAAUUCCUCAUUUCUGAUUCGAUCAAGCAGAGAAACUCUAAACAUAGCUGUUUCCAUCGCCCGCUCAGUGACUUAGAGCCUUCUAAUAAGUCAUACUUAUGCACUUGAGAAAGUGUGAAUAAUUGUUGACACUUUCUCAACUUUGUAUGACGCAAUUGAGGACUGGUCAUGGGUUUUUUUAUAAAUAAAUAAGUAUUAAGUACCUAAGUGUAAGUAAGUGAUAAUAGGUAGGUCUGAGGACGCAAAUUUAAACGUCAUCAGCGAUCAUUUUCGCUUAGAUUUGGCCUUCGCUUAAAUAUGAUUAGCAAUCGAUCGUUUUUUAAGAUAUAUUAUUUAGAUAGAUUAAUAUAAUAUGUUAUUAAGCUACCGUAAUAGUAUUUCUCCUGAAAAUACUAAAUCAUAAUCUCAUAAAAUAGGCUAUUCGCAUUGUAAUACUUAACUUGUUAAUACUAAAUCUUUUAAAUUAAAAAGAAAAUUAUAAAACUUGGAAUUUGCAAAAUUAUUGCCAACAUUAUUGACUUUCAUGAUUUGAUUGAUCAGAAACUUUUCUUUAAUUUAUAUUUAAAUAUGUAUUUGCAAUGUGAAAAGGCCUGCUAACCUGAACGCUUAUUAUGGAAUCUCUUCAAAGGUAUAAUUUAUUAUUAUCAUGAUCUAAACAAAUGAUUUAUUUGGAAUCCGUAAUUCCGUGAAAAUAUUUUUCAUCCGUUUACUAUCGUUUUUUUUAUUUUAUAUUUUAUUUUAGUUUUUUUAAAUAUCUUUAAUGUGUGACCAUUGAGGACCAUUUCCCCAUAGUACAAAAUAUUGAAACCGUUCAACGUUUUCUAGUCCGCUUUUACCUGUUUUUAGUUACAUAGCUGCAUAAUUUGAUGAUAUCUUGAAAGAUAAAUAAAUGAACCAGUGAAUAAAUGUAAGUCUUGGUUGGUUUCUAUAGAUACUCAUCAUUGUACUAGAUGUUUUAUGUCCACUAUUUCGCCGUAUUUUCUUAUCUUUAGUAGGUAUUUUUUACAUCAGUCUUUGAACUCAGUGAAAUGAAAUAUCGACAUUGAGAAAAUUAAAUUUAAGAAAAUGCAUAAAUGAGCCUUCGCCUGCGCAGUAUAGUAGGCCUAAGGUGCGCGCCAAGCUCAGACCAAAUACUUUUCACGACGAAAACGGUUACAACAAUUAAACAGAAACACAUUCUAUAGAAACAGUUUUUAUAAACGUGUUAGAUCGUUGAUCUUGUACUUUGACAAAAGGGUAUGUCUAGCGUCCCUACAUAAUUCGUCCGAGGCGCCAGGAGAUAACGAAAUAAUUUUGUCUAUAUACAUCAUCGCUCUCUCUUUCGUUGCCAUGAAACGAAAGAGAGAUAGAUAUGUAAUUGAUUAUCUUUUUAUCUUUUGGUUACAAAUUUUGGGCCAGGAGUGUAAGCUGUGGCUUGUACAAGGUUGGACAGCCAGAGUUAGCACGCUAUAAAUGAAUGAUGAAUGAGCUUUCCGUCAUGUUUCGUCAUUCAAAAGUAUGAUAAUUGUAAUACUUAUUAUAAAGAGUUGGGCAUUAUAAAGAGUUUAAUGCAAUCUGUUACCUUGACUAAACUAAAAAAUAUUUUAUUCUUAACCUAUCAUUCCUGAUACUUAUUCUGUUCUUAGGAACUUCCUUGCAAUUUGCAUUUCAUAAAAUGGUCCUAAAUGGUAUCGCGUCUCGUGGUAUUAUGGGUUUUAUUAAUCUUUUUUUAUUAUUGUAAGUUUUAACGUUUCUUGUACACUUAUAAACGAUUUCUUGAUUAUUAUCAUAAAAUGCUCAAACAGUGAUUUAAGCUGAUUACUUGCAUAAUAUUAUGUUGUAUACGUGUAAUAUUGUUGCCAAAAUUUAAGAAUGAAGUUAUAACAAUAUUUUAUAUUGGUAGUUUUAGUACAAAACUUUGUGAAAUUAUUCGGCAUAUUUUAUUAUGAUAGGGAAGCUUAUGACUUGAAACUAAACCUAGGGUUUUGAAAAAUUUGAAUGCUUUCAGUUUUAAAGAACUCUCACAGAGUUCUUGCGUGAAUGGAUUGCUUUAUAUUCGUGAUGUUUUGGGUUCGAUUCCCAACUCAGAUCAAUUAAGAUUUUUUUUUCUUAAAACUUGCUUAGUAAACAGAUGUAAUGCCAAGUGGUGUAGGCGCAUGUUAUACGUUCCCGUAAAAUUUUUUAUACCUAGAGUCCUAGAGGGCAAUGAAGAGUAUCAGUUGAAUAAACUGAAUAACCUCUUCAAAGUCAAAGCAGCUUACCACUUUGGCAUAUCAUAAAUUGUCACAGCAUCAAUUCAAUUUAAAUAAAUCACUAUAUGUUAAGUAUAUAAGUACAUAUACUAAAAUAAGUGAUCAGUGAGGGUGUCUGUCAUAGAGCUUUGUUGUAAAUGUCAAUCUCAGCUAUUAGCCUAUUAAUGUCUUUGGCUAUGUUGCUGCUCUUAACUUCAAGUAAUAUUCUCAAAACUACUAAUUGCUCAUUUUAAUAAUCAGCAGUAUUGUGUAAAAUUAAUAAUCAAUUAGUCGACCUAUAAGUAGAAUCAUGUUACGGUUUUAGUUGUAAGGAAAAAAAUAUAACUAUUAGAUAUAACUAAAUAUAUAAGAGAGUACUGAUAUUGUUAUAAAUACUUUAUAUAAGAGGAUAUAUUGUGAUCAAAUACACCUUACCUGUGAAAGGUAUAACAAGUCCAUAAAAACAUUCCAUUUGUGUAUUAUGUUGUACAUACAAAAUUGAAUUAAGCAUACAAACUAUGUAUGAAAUAUAAGUCGAGCAUCUAAGAGCUUUAAAGGAUGUUAUUCUAGGUAAACUGAUUGCUCAUUAUCUCAACUAGGUAACUAUGAAAUUUCUUUGAAAAUUGCAUUUAUUUAUUCCCAUAUUAUAAUAAUUGGUGUUAAAUUUUGAAAUUUAAGAUAAUUAAUUAGCGUUUUUCUCCAGAAAUCUAGAACUGGAGAUAUCAAGUUUCAUGCCCAUGUAUGCACAUUGCACAUCUUAUGCAUUUUUUGUAAUAAACACAUCUAUUUAUCAUUCCCAAAGAUACUCUUGCUCAAGAGUAUUUUUCGAAUUAAUACAAUAUCUUUUUAAUUCCAUAUAAUUUCUAUUACCCGAAUGUGUGUAUUGUGUGUGAGUAUAACUAUUUAUUUGCAAUGUUUCAACAGAGAUUAUAUUUUUAAGCAUAAAAUGUACAUUGCAUCUUGCUCAAAUUUUUUUAAUCAAAAUUAUUAUAGAUAUUAGAUAAAAUAUACCAUGUAGAAAAUUAUGUAAAAAUGUAAACUAAAAAGAAUCUUAGAAACUGUCACUUUACCUUUGAUAUGGAAUAGUAUAAAUACAUAUUUAAUUAUAAUGGUUAUAAAUAAAUAUUUAUAACAUAAUUUCAGCUAUGUCUUUUUAGAUGUUCAUGUCCAAAAAUCUAAAAACACAGCAUAGAGUCAUGACAGUCAGGUUAAAUAGCAUCUGAAGGCAGUAUUAUGUGUAAGUAAGCAAUAUAUAUAUUAUGUAUUUUUGGUUAAUGUAAAUGUUUAUAAAUAAAAUAUACUGUUGGUUUAAACAAA